AUGCCAAUCAUGUUUCAAUGGCGUUUUAGGAGGUCAAAAUUAUCAAAUGCUUUGUCUAUUGUGGAGCUGUUGGUGCAUAUGGAUUGUGAAGGAUGUAAGAAGAGAAUAAGAAGAGCAAUCUCAAAAAUAGAUGGUGUUGAUAGCUUGGAAAUAGACAUGGACAAACAGAAGGUGACUGUGACAGGAUAUAUUGAUCAGAGAAAAGUCCUGAAGGUUGUGAGAAGAACAGGAAGAAAAGCUGAGUUUUGGCCAUUUCCAUACGACAGUGAAUACUAUCCUUAUGCAUCCCAGUAUUUGGAUGAAACUACACACACAUCUUCAUAUAAUUAUUACAGACAUGGGUUCAAUGAAAGUGUUCAUGGAUACUUCCCAGACCAAGCUUACACCACCAUCCCUGACGAUACAGUCCAUCUUUUCAGUGACGACAAUGUUCAUGCAUAUUGUAGUAUUAUGUAA